AUUGCGGAGAAAAGAAGGCGUAGAUCCACCCUAAACUAAAACAGAGCAUCAAGUGAAAUGGGACCCGAGGUUCCGAUCGAACUAGUUGAAGAAGAUGGAUUCGAUUGGGAAGCAGCAGUCAGAGAAAUCGAUUUGGCUUGCUUCAAAUCGUUAAACCCUUCUUCUUCGACCCAUAUCACCAAGGACAAUGAAAUUAAACCUCCUCCUGCCAAAAGACAAUCUACUCUCGAUCGAUUCAUCGCAAGAGCCGACCACAAACCUCCUCCGCCGGAUCCUCCAGUUGUUUUCGAGUGUGGUAAUAACGACAACAGUCCCAGCGUUGGGAUUGAUCCUGAGACAGCUAAAACUUGGAUUUAUCCAGUGAACGUUCCUCUAAGAGAUUACCAGUUUGCUAUAACCAAGACUGCUUUGUUUUCGAACACAUUAGUUGCUUUACCAACAGGACUUGGUAAAACGCUCAUAGCUGCAGUCGUUAUGUAUAAUUACUUCAGAUGGUUUCCACAAGGUAAAAUUGUCUUUGCGGCACCUUCUAGGCCUCUUGUAAUGCAGCAGAUUGAGGCGUGUCAUAAUAUCGUUGGGAUACCACAAGAAUGGACGAUUGACUUGACGGGUCAGACAUGCCCUUCCAAAAGAGCUUCCUUGUGGAAAAGCAAAAGGGUUUUCUUCGUCACUCCACAAGUUCUUGAGAAGGAUAUACAGUCAGGAACGUGUCUUACCAACUGCUUGGUUUGCUUGGUGAUUGACGAGGCACAUCGAGCUUUAGGGAAUUAUUCUUAUUGUGUUGUAGUUCGUGAGUUGAUGGCAGUACCAGUGCAGUUGAGAAUAUUGGCUCUUACUGCAACUCCUGGAUCAAAGACACAAGCUAUACAGGGUAUCAUUGAUAAUUUGCAGAUAUCAACACUUGAAUAUAGAAACGAGAGUGACCAUGAUGUCUGCCCUUAUGUCCACGACAGAAAAUUAGAACUAAUCGAGGUCCCCUUGGGUAAAGAUGCAGAUGAGGUAUCUAAACGCCUAUUAUAUGUUAUACGUCCAUAUGCAGUCAGGCUUAAAAAUUUCGGGGUCAUUCUAAGCAGGGAUUAUCAAACUUUGAGUCCACACGAAUUACUUAUGGCAAGGGAUAGGUUUCGUGAAGCACCUGUACCAGGCAUUCCCCAUAUAAGUCAUGGAGAUGUAGAAUCUUGCUUUGCAGCUCUGAUCACUCUUUAUCACAUCCGCAAGCUUCUUUCUAGUCAUGGAAUAAGGCCAGCGUAUGAGAUGCUUGAAGAAAAACUGCAGGAAGGGCCAUUUGCUAGGUUGAUGAGUAGGAAUGAAGAUAUUAGGAUGACGAAGCUUUUAAUGCAGCAAAGGUUGUCAAACGGAGCACCAAGCCCGAAAUUGUCCAAGAUGUUAGAGAUUCUAGUUGAUCAUUACAAUAUAAAAGAUCCAAGGACAUCACGGGUCAUUAUUUUCUCGAAUUUCAGAGGAAGCGUAAGAGACAUAAUGGACGCAUUAAGUAAUAUUGGAGAUGUAGUCAAAGCAACUGAGUUUAUUGGUCAAAGUUCAGGUAAGACACUGAAAGGACAGUCGCAAAAAGUUCAGCAGGCUGUUUUGGAGAAAUUUAGAUCUGGUGGGUUUAAUGUUAUUGUUGCAACAUCUAUCGGUGAAGAAGGCUUGGAUAUCAUGGAAGUCGACUUAGUUAUAUGUUUUGAUGCUAAUGUAUCCCCUCUGAGGAUGAUCCAACGCAUGGGAAGAACUGGAAGGAAAAAUAAUGGCCGAGUUGUAGUUCUUGCUUGUGAAGGAUCUGAAAAGAAUAGCUAUAUGCGAAAGCAAGCAAAUGGUCAGGCCAUUAAAAAACACAUGCGGAAUGGUGGAAUGAACAGUUUCAAUUUUCAUCUUAGUCCAAGGAUGAUUCCCCAUUUUUAUAAACCAGAAGUUCAGCAUGUUAAGUUUUCGAUCGAGCAAUUCAUUCCACGUAGAAAGAAGCUACAAGAUGAGCCUGCCACUGAGACUCCAGCUUUCAAGAAAAAGCUUUCACCGGAAGAGAUGGACAUGCUCGCCAAGUAUUUCAAACCCGACGAGGAAAAGUGGAGAGUUUCCUUGAUUGCUUUCCCUCACUUCCAAACAUUGCCAUCCAAAGUGCACAAAGUAAUGCAUUCACGUCAAACAAGCAUAUUGAUUGAUGCUAUGCAACAUCUGCAAGAGCCAACUUUUACAGAGCAAAGUAAAAGUUUCUUCACUAAGUAUGGAGCUCCUUUGGCUGAAAGAGAUGAGCUUGACACAGCUCUGAGGGUUGGUGAUGAUCCGAAAGGUUUACCCUCUUUCAAUGAUUUGGAUGUCAACAUAUCACAGAGGAAGGCAAAACAAGUUGUUGAAUCUCCCACAAGCACAUUAGAGACUACAGAGAACGAUUUCGUAGCAUCUUCACCCAGACACUGUUAUCUUUUCAGUUCAGAAUGUGCAUCCGUUGAUGCUCUGGGGAAGGUCUUUGUAUUUCCGGUUCCUCUUUCAUUCUCUUCUAAUGUACCAGGGUCAAACUAUGUGCCUUUGUCGGGAAGAGAAAAGGAACUUUCUUCCCCGAAUAAAUCCCAUAUUGACGUUGUUCCGAUAGAUAGUUCCUCAAAACAUCGGCAAGAUAAUAUUUCAUGCAAGUUAAAGGAAGGAUUCUUGCCAGAUUGUGCCAACAAGACUUUGGUGUCCCAAAGACUUUUGAAAAGGCACUCCACCGAUGUAGGUAAAGGAGAUAUAGAAAAUCGUGCUGGAGAAAUUAUGAUAUCAUCGGAUGAAGACGACUGUGAGGAUUUGGAGCUUAGUCCAAGGCUCACUAACUUCAUCAAGAGUGGCGUUGUUCCAGAUUCACCUGUCUAUGACCAAGGAGUAGCAAACGAAGCAAACAGAGAAGAAGACCUUGAUCUUCCGAAGCUUUCUUCACCCACCAGGUUCAGUAAUGAAUUGGCAGAAGAGCUAUCUACCCCUGAGAAAAAGGUUCAACAUAAACGCAGCGAUGAUCACAUUACUUCUACGGCCAAUGAAUUCAUAACUCCUCAGAAGGAAGAAGAUUUAGCAAACGGAACAAGAUGCUUCGCUGUUUCUCCUAUGCCUGAGGAUUGGAGAACUCCCUUGGCGAAUAUCACGAACGUAAGCAGCGCUAGCAAAGAUUGGCGCGUGAGUUCGGGAGAAAAGUCAGGAACUCUUCGACAGCCUCGCAAGUUGAAGAGGCUACGUAGACUUGGAGAUUGCUCGAGUGCUGUGAAGGAGAAUAUUCCUUGUAUUGCAAAGACAGACCAUAUCAGAUCUGGUUCUCGCGGUGGAAAGAACAUAAGAGUUCAAGGCAAGAAGAAGAUACGCGCGGAUAAUAAUGCUAGGAUCUUCGUUGAUGCGGAAGCUGAGGUGUCUUCCGAAUCAGAAAUGUCGGUUGAUGAGAACGAAGAUUUGACCGGCGAUUCAUUUGAAGAUAGUUUCAUUGAUGACGGUACAAUGCCUACAGCAAAUACUCAAGCCGAGUGUGCUAAAGUUGACAUGAUGGCCGUUUACAGGCGUUCUCUACUCAGCCAAUCACCAUUACCGGCAAGAUUUCGUGAUGUAGCUGCAUCAAGUCCGAGCUAUUCUUCUGGUCUCUUGAAGGCAAUAUAUGAGAGCAGAAGCGACUCAGAUAAAUCAUUGUCUUCUCUUAGAACCCCACAAACAACAAACAAUGAGUCAAACAAGGAUGCAAUGGCCACAGGAGACUUUUCCGUUGUACAAAUCUCAACAGACAGCCGAAAAAGGAAAUACAGCUUAUGCAACUCGGUGAAUGUCCCAGUGAUUAACUUAGAAAAAAAGUUUGAAGCCCAUGCGCAAGCCACAGAGAAGGAAAGCCAUGAAGGUCUGAAAAGCAAUGCAGGUGCAUCACAGUACAAAGAUGAAGAUGACGAUGAUGAUGCAUUCUACGCGACACUAGACUUUGAUGCCAUGGAAGCGCAAGCGACAUUGCUAUUGUCUAAACAGAGGUCAGAAACGAAAACAACAGAUGCACCGGUGAAACCUCAUCUGGGCAAUCAGAGGACUGAUGGUUUGCCCACUGAUGGGCCAUCUUUUGAUCUUGGUUUGUGGUGAUUAUUCUCCUAUUAAGUGUAUAAGUUGACAUUUGGAUGUAUGUUUCGUGUAUUAAUUGUCAUAUAUCUUAAUGAUGACAAUUCAUCAAUAAUUAAGCCUAUGUCCAUCAAUACUGAGAUAAAGUCAAAAUGUCCUAAACAAAAUGAAAUUCAC